AUGGCGACGGCAAGAAAAGGGAGAGAGCUUUUUACUAUUUUGGAAACUAGCGCGGACGCAGAAAGUGGCACGCCGUGUGACAGCCACGACUCCCCGCUUAAUCUGUCCGCCGAUCAUGUGAAGUGGUUCGAAAUUCCGUACAGAAAGCCAGACUCGGACGAGGAAGGCGACGGAGUGCGGGAGGAAACAGCGGACGCGGCCAACUUGAUCACAGGAGGCGGCUGCAACAUAAUUUUGGUGACUGGUAGCAAUGGGAUCAAGCACGACGAGGAGGAGUACGCGGAGGACUGUUAUUAUUCCACCUCCACCAACUGCUCCGACGCCACCUCACACGAUUCGGAUAUUGAUUUCUCUGAUGUGGAGGAGGAGGAGGAGGAGCAGCGCAGGAGUCUGUUCAGCCUCGGCGACGACCUGGACGAGGACUGCACCGCUCCCGACUUCUGGGGCGAGCCGGACCAGGUGAUCUCUAUCGAGCCCUUCUGUGCUGUCAGCGGCCCUCAGCACUCGCUGGGGGACGAUGCUGACACCCGUGACUAUUUCCGGAUACUCUUUCCAGAUUCUCUUUUUGAACACAUGGUGGAACAAACAAACAAUUACGCCCUCUAUCGGCAAAGGAGGAGUGGGAAGUCAGACCCCCACUGGCACCCCACUGAUGUCAGGGAGAUGAGAGCUUAUGUGGGUCUGAACAUCCUCAUGGGCAUCAACCAGCUCCCUGACACGGGCAUGUACUGGGCCAGCGACAUUUUCAUAGGCAAUGCAGGUUUUAAAAAGACAAUGACGGCCAGACGCUUCGAGAAGCUCACCCAGUACCUGCAGCUGUGCGACCGCGAGUCCGAGCCGGUGCGGGGCGAGCGCGGCUACGACGGCCUCUUCAAGAUACGGCCUCUCCUCGACGUGGUGGAGAACACCAUGUGGGACGCGUACGCGCCCAACCGCUGUUUGACCGUGGACCGGUGUGCCGUCGCCACGAAGGGACGCUUCUCCUCCACGCAGUACAUGCCCUCCAAGCCCCUGAAGAAGGGGCUGACGGUGUGGAUGCUGUGUGACUCGCGCUCAGGCUACUGCCACCGCGCCAAGAUCUACGUCGGCAAGGCCGGCGGGGACGAAUCGGCGGCCUUCCUGGGCUACAGGGUCGUGACCUCGCUGGUGCGCGGCCUCGAGGGCCAGUACCACCAUCUCUUCAUGGACAGCUUCUUCACCUCCGUGCCUCUCCUCCAGAGGCUGCUGAGGGACGGCCUGUACGCCUGUGGGCCCACACAUCCGGGGCGCAAAGGUUACCCGGAGGUCCUCAGGCCGCGUAAUGUCGGGAAGCUGUCCCAGGGGGAGUUCUACCAGUGCCAGCGCGGCAACCUGGUCGCCACCGUGACACGGGACGCCAAGACGGUCAGCUGCCUCUCCACCAAUUCCGCUCCGGGGAUUGUCGGUAUCAGUCCGGACCGGCGGCAGCAGCACGAGACGGACGGGGAGGGCGAGAGCGACAGCAUGGACAGCACCAGUCUGUCCUUCGGCGUGCCCCGACCUUUGCCCCUGCUGCUGUACCAGGAGAACAUGAGGGGAGUGGACCUGUGUGACCAGCUGAGGGAGUGCUACCAGGUGGGCAGGCCGUGUAAGAAGUGGUGGCGCUACUUCCUGUGGUUCUACGUCAACCUGUGCAUCGUCAACGCCUACAUCGUCCUGCGUGAGAGCCGCGGGGGCAGCCCGCCCGCGGGCUUCAACGGGAAGCAGUUCACCCAGCGGCACUUCCGCGUGCGCCUGGCACAGCAGCUCAUCGGAGACUACCAGGGGGCGCGGGGCAUGGAGCGGGCGGCGCGCAAGAGACACGCCGAUUCACCCAUAGAGUACGGACACCGCCUGGAGCGCAUGUCCGAGCGCUCGCGCCGGUGCAGGAACUGCACCAACAAGGGACUGCGGCACGAGAGCGUGUUCGGCUGCAAGAUAUGCAAUGUCCACCUAUGCAGGGGAGGCUGCUUCUCUGAGUUUCAUAAAUGA